AUGCAUCUCGACCACAAGAUCCCAUGGCACUUGAUUGCUCCCCAUUUCUCCCUUACGCCAGCUGAACAAGAAGGCAACUAUAGCCUAGCUACGCGAGGAUUGCCUGAGCAGCAAGCGGUUAUCGGCCACUUUAACCGCGUCUUCUUGGCAACUAUCAGAGAAUUCUCUGAUACAGAGACCACGAAGAUUGAGUCAGCACCAGUCAAUGGAAAGCUUUUUUCCGACGAUGUGUUAUACUUCGCUGAGCGCCACUUUGGCCUCGGGCCUCAUGAGGAUAACUCGGCACUGCACAACCCGCUUGAGCCGUUGCACCAGGACCUCGAAUAUUGGAAACGCCGAGCGAAGGAUCCAGAUAGCGACCAUGAGCCAUGCUACACCACUGCUGAUGCCAACCUGGCCGAUGCAGCGAAGAUGUUGGUCAUUGUAGCUGCUACCGCCGAUGACAAACCCAUUCGCCGUGAGGCGUUAACUGCGCUUGUCCGUCUUGCCAACGAGGUUCCUCUGUCAAAUCUACGGGGUCUUCACUGGGGCCACGCCUUCGGGCUCGAUCUCGUCGCGAGCGUGGCGUUGCAGAUGUACAUCUAUCUGAACCUCAUUGAGGUUGUUGAGUCUCGGGCAGCAGAACGGGUGCCGUCGCUAUCUGUUGACAAUUUUCUGUCCUUUUUGAACAACCACGCCCUUGAGAACUAUGACUUCCCAGCACAGAAUAUUCCUCACCGGGCUUUUUGGUUUUCUCUUGGGGUUACUGAGUCGUGGGUUGGCGGUCGGCGUAAGGGUACUCUUGAAGGAGAUAUGGCGGUUGUUGAUCCACUAGCAGAUGGAUCGGAUGAAGUUCAGAAAACAGCUAGAGAAGGUUUAAAGAAGUAUUUGAAGGACUGUUUUGCGAUUUUGUAUGUGUAUGAUGUGGUUUUGAGAAAUGCGGUUGGGAUGGAGAGGGCGGAUGAACAUUGGCAGUGUGAGCUUAAUUGGGUUUUCGAAUGGAUAUAA